GUCUUUCUGGUUUUUCCUCGCCCAGGCGGCUCGCUCGCUCGCCACCAUGAGAACCGACUUCGCUGUGGUCCUGACCGCAGCCCUCCUUCUGGACUCAUUCUGGAGGAAUAAUGGCGAGCAUGCAUCCGAAGGUCCCUGCCGACCGGGCUUCUCACAAAGCUUCUACUCUGUGCUGAUAUCAAGGGAUGUACUGCAAGGCCGGGACAUCCGCAAAGAUACCACAUUGUCCUCACAAAAAGUGGAGUUCGACGACUGCGUGGGGAAUGAAGCCGUGGUUUUCCAGAGCAGUGACCCGGACUUCAGCGUGCGGACAGAUGGGUCCAUCUUUGCCCGGGGAGAGGGGGCCGGCCUGGACGAGCCGGUCCAGUUUAAACUGACGGCGAGCGGUCAACACGCGCACGUCUGGGAGACCGUGGUCCAACUGGCCCUAAUUGACCCGCCAUCGCGUCUGCAAAAUGGAAAUGAGGUCACAGAGGAAGAGGGGAAGGCCGCGGAGAGGAAGGAGAGGAAAGAGGCGUCCCGAGCACCGCCGCCGCCGCCGCCGCCUGUCAUCAUGUUCUCGGGGUCCGGCCGCAACAGCUCCAAGGGUCUGCGGAGGCAGAAGAGGGACUGGGUGAUUCCACCAAUCAACGUGGCCGAAAACUCCCGAGGACCGUUCCCCCAGAUGCUCGUCAGCAUUCGCUCCGACCAGGACAAGGACAUCUCGAUCAGAUACAGCAUCACCGGGGUGGGAGCGGAUCAACCGCCCAACGAGGUGUUCAACAUCGACCCCGUGGUCGGGAAGAUGUUCGUCACCAAACCUCUCGAUCGAGAACAUCGCUCUUCUUACCAUCUGCGAGCCCACGCCGUGGACAUGAACGGGAACCAGGUGGAGAACCCCAUCGACCUCUUCAUCUUCGUCAUCGACAUGAACGACAACAGACCCGAGUUCAGAAACCAGGUCUACAACGGCUCCGUGGACGAAGGCUCCAAACCAGGAACGUACGUGAUGCACGUGUCGGCGUUCGACGGCGACGACAACACCACGGCCAACGGGAUGGUGCGCUAUCGAAUCCUGUCCCAGACGCCGCACACGCCCAUCCCCAACAUGUUCACCAUCAACAGCGAGACGGGGGACAUCGUCACCGUGGCGCCCGGCCUCGAUCGAGAGAAAGUGUCCCAGUACACCAUCAUCGUGCAGGCCACGGACAUGGAGGGCAACCUGAACUUCGGCCUUUCCAACACGGCCACCGCCAUCAUCACUGUCACGGACAUCAACGACAACCCUCCCAUGCUGACCUCCAGAACCUUUUCCGGCGAGGUGCCAGAGAACCGGGUGGAUCUGGCGGUGGCGAAUCUCACGGUGAUAGAUGCCGACCAGCCGCACUCGCCCAACUGGAACGCCAUCUACAGGAUCAUCAGCGGGGACCCGUCGGGCCACUUCACCAUCCGCACCGACCCGGUAACCAACGACGGCAUGGUCACCGUGGUGAAGCCAGUGGACUUUGAGAUGAACCGUGCCUUCAUGCUGACGGUGGUGGUGUCCAACCAGGCCCACCUGGCCAGUGGGAUCCAGUCGGCGCUCCAGUCCACGGCCGGGGUCACCAUAUCCGUCCAGGACGUCAACGAAGCCCCCUACUUCCCCACCAACCCCAAACACAUCCGCUUCGAGGAGGGCGUCCCGGCCGGCACCAGCCUGACCACUUUCUCCGCUUCCGAUCCCGACCGACUACAGAUGCAGCAAACAAUCAGGUAUUCAAAGAUGAACGACCCCGCGGACUGGCUGUCCAUCAACAGAACCAACGGUCAGAUCGUUACCACGGCGAUGCUCGACCGGGAGUCCAGCUACGUGAAAAACAACAUCUACGAGGCCACGUUCCUGGCCACGGACAACGGCUCCCCGGCAGCCAGCGGCACCGGCACGCUGCAGAUCUACCUGAUCGACAUCAACGACAACCCGCCGGCGCUCAUCCCCAAGGAGUCUCAGAUCUGCGAGCGGGUGAACAGGAACGUCCACGGCGUCAACAUCACCGCCGCCGACGCCGACACCGAGCCCAACGCCGGCCCGUUCGUCUUCGAGCUGCCCAACUUCCCCAGCAGCAUCCGGCGCAACUGGACCAUUUCCCGGAUCAGCGGCGACUACGCUCGCCUCGGGCUGCGGUACCAGAUCUAUCUGGAGCCCGGCGUCUACGAGGUGCCCGUCAUCGUGUCGGACUCGGGGAACCCGCCGCUGUCCAACCGGUCAGUCAUCAAGAUCAAGGUGUGCCCCUGCGACGAGCACGGGGACUGCACCACCUUCGGGGCCGUGGCAGCCGCCGGCCUGGGCACCGGAGCCAUCAUCUCCAUCCUCAUCUGCAUCAUCAUCCUCCUCAGCAUGGUGCUGCUGUUCGUGGUGUGGAUCAAGCGGCGUGAGAAGGAGAGGCACAACAAGCAGCUGCUCAUUGACCCGGAAGACGACGUCAGAGACAACAUCCUCAAAUACGACGAAGAGGGAGGAGGAGAGGAAGACCAGGACUACGACCUGAGCCAGCUGCAGCAGCCCGACUCCCUGGAGCACAUCAGCAGCAAGCCGCCCGGCGUGCGCCGGGUGGACGAACGGCCCGUCAUCCCGGAGUCCCAGUACCCCAUCAGGCCCGUCGUGCCCCACCCUGGAGACAUCGGGGACUUCAUCCACGAGGGUCUGCGAGCGGCGGACAACGACCCCACGGCCCCGCCCUACGACUCGCUGCUGGUGUUCGACUACGAGGGCAGCGGCUCCACCGCCGGCUCCGUCAGCUCCCUCAACUCGUCCAGCACGGGGGACCAGGACUAUGACUACCUCAACGACUGGGGCCCCCGCUUCAAGAAGCUGGCCGACAUGUACGGAGGAGGGGAUGAUUAGAUCUGACCGGACACACACACAGAAACACACACACACACACACACAUGCGCCCUCGUCCCGUCAGCUGGCCUGCCACGCUCUGUCCCUGCAGCACGUGGGGGGGGGGGGGGGGGCUCAUGUUCACCCGUACUGAACACGAGUUCACACUCGACCACCUGACCAAUCAAAUCACCCACCAAGGAGGGCCCGGCGCCGUGAGUCCGUUUUGGGGGGCGCUCUUCACAAGACUGAAACGGAAGAUCUGAAACUGCGGGCUUCUCAUAGUUUUGUAUUUUCAAGUGUUUGUGCUUUUUUUUUUUUUCGUCUUUUUUUUUCUUUUUGUCCGUGUGGUUUUAUUUGAAAUAUAUUUUUAUUUUUUUGUCACCGCUCCGUUUUUUGGAUUGGAGCCGCUCUCUGGAGAAGCUUUUAGCUGGAGCCGCUCGACGUCGAAGAAGAAGAAGAAGAAGAAGAAGAACAUGGAUAUGAAAAGUCCCAUGGUUUUUUUCUUUCUUGAACUUGAAUCCCUCAGAACAGAAGCACUGUUGUUUAAAAAGUGCCUUCAGUGGUGCGUAUUAUAGACUCCUGCUAACUCAGGAUUGGUUGCCAUUUUUUUUUCCUGGACUCGCACGCCUCCUCGCGACCCCCUCGACCCUUUAACUCGGACCUUCCCCGUGGUCAUCUCUCCCGUCCUGCGGGGACGACGCCUGGUGCCGAUUUCAGAGGGGGGCGUCGACUUGGAGGGAGUGGGGGGGGGGCUUUAUGUCGACGUACUUUACGUAGACAGCAGAUGGCUUCAAAUAGCUCCGAGCCCACAUCCUGAGAUCCCCUUCUCUCUCUUUUUUGUAUUCUUUUGUCGGUUCGCGGUUGUUUCUCAGUACAUUUUUUUUUUUUAUCCCGACUUUGGUUCAGGAAACGGGGAUCUUGAGCGCCGGCCAGGGUUCUUUCUAGCGCCUCCACAAUCUGCCUCUCUUCAGGCGGCGUUUCAUUCAUCGGGAGACGUUCUCUCCCCAGACAUUUUCUCUUUUCGUUGGCUGCUGAGUUGAAGAGCUUUUUGAGAAGGAAAUAGAGAGAAGAAGAAGAAGAAGAGGGGGGGAAAAAGGGUCCGUUAUGAAACUCUGCAUUUUUAUCAAAAGCGGACGUGCCAAAAAGCCCCAAACUACAAACUAAAAAGUUAAAAAACGCACCAGUUGCAAUGCUUUAAAAGACAGUUGGGUUAUUAGUCUCUUGAUGAAAACGACCCCCCCCCCACUCCCCCUUUCAGAAGUGGAGAAGAAGAAGAGAGAGAAGGGGGGAAAAAGAGCUUUAGUCUUUGUGUUUAAUUAUUUAAAUGCACAAAACAUUUCAAAGACAGACCAGGGAGAGGGUUAGUCGCUCCUCGUCCUCCGAGGAGACGCUCCUCCGGCGUAGCCAUCUUCAUUCAGCCUGAUCUUCUAUUAAUUAUGAAUCUGACAAACGCCCGAAAGGAUCCUCCCCCUCUCAUUCUUUUCUCUCACCUGCUCGCGAUUUAGUCGCGUCGGGAAAGAAGAAACGCAAACAACAACAACUUGUAGUUUCCACACGUGGGACUACAAGUGGAAGCUGUUCUUUCAGGGCGGAUUGAAAGGAGUCUGAAGAUGUAAAGUGGAGAUAUAUCACGACGCCAUGAGGAGGACGCAAGGAUGUGGGGGGGGGGGGGCGUCAUCGUAUAAUUAAUAAGGUCAUAACAGGGUAGGACUGAGUUUACAGAAUAUCCUCACAGAAUAAACACAGCUGUUGCUUUCUGCUCUUUGGUGAUUCAUUUCUGACGUCUACAUGUUGUGUAUAUAUAUAUAUAUAUAUACACUGCCGUUAAAAAGUUUGGGGUCACUUAGAAAUGUCUUUAUUUUUCUAAGAAAAGCACUGUUUUUUCAAUAAAGAUAACAAUAAUCAAAAAUACACACUAUACAUUGUUAAUGUGGUAAAUGACUAUUCUAGGUGGAAGUGUCUGGUUUCUAAUGAAAUAUCUCCAUAGGUGUAUCGAGGCCCAUUUCCAUCAACUAUCACUCCAGUGUUCUAAUGGUACAUUGUGUUUGCUAAUCGCCUUAGAAGACUAAUGUCUGAUUAGAAAACCCUUGUGCAAUUAUGUUAGCACAGCUGAAAACAGUUAUGCUGGUGAUAUAAGCUAUACAACUGGCCUUCCUUUGAGCUUGAAGUUUGAAGAACAAAAUUCAUACUUCAAAUAUUAAUCAUUAUUUCUAACCUUGUCAAUGUCUUGACUAUAUUUUCUAUUCAAUUUUCAAUUCAUUUGAUAAAUAAAAGUGAGUUUUCAUGGAAGACACGAAAUUGUCUGGAUGACCCCAAACUUUUGAAUGGUAGUGUAUAUAUAGAAUUUUUUUUAUACAUUUGGUAAUGCCGGUUUUCUGUGUUGUCUCUGCUUUUUCUUUCUCCCCCCCCCCCCCCCCUACAGUUUGGUUUUCAGAUGAAUACAAAUGUGUGGCAAAAAGGUUAUAUUGUGUAUUUUCACCACGAAAAAGAGCCAUGUGCAUCCUCUGAGAGCUCGCAGCCUCACGCCGCCGGUCCCAGUCUCCACGUGUACAGUCCACGCACACACUCGCUCCUCUCGGCCUUACUUGUACAUACGCGAGUGUUUCCAUGCUCCGCGAGUCGUUCUGAUUCAGCCCCCCCUCCCCCGAAGUCCACCGAGGAAGACUCGCUCCAUCGGACCUGGUUCGGGGUCUAAUAUAGCAAGAGGCCUACACACACACACACACACAAACACAUACUUUACACAAGGUAACUGACUAUUAUAAACUGUGUCACACAUACAUAAUAGGUGACACAAUGCCAUUUAUGAUACUGAAUGUUAUCCAUAACUCAGUGGAGUCGACUCCGCCGUUUAAAUGCAAUUUUUUUUUUCUUUGAGGAGGGGACGAAAGGACGAGGGACCCUCGCUCGUCUCGUUGGCCUUCUCUUCCUCGAGUGGGAGGAGAAUUAGGGAAAUGGUGGAAUGGAGGAAGAACUAUUGCACUGCUGUGGUCCACCACUGUCUUCUGGCUGCCCCCCCCCUCCCUCCUUCUUCUGAUGGUGUUAGAUAAAGGACCCUCGGUCUCACUCGGGACACACUGCCUGACCACACACACACACACACAUGACGGGAGGCUCCUGAUGGUUCUUUCCCCGACACCUGCUCAAGUCCAAGUGUACAUAAUUUAGUAUUUUGCUUGAAGCUAAACAGACGACAUUAGGCAAACCGUACCUGUGCAAUUGGAUUUUUUUUUUAUUGGAUUUUUUUUGCAUGUGUCUUUUUUUUUAUUUUUUAUAAACGGACAGAUGAGUUAUAUUACAGAAAAACAUACAGCGUUUUUAAAAAUGUUUCGCAGCCCAUGCAUGACCGAGGUUGCCCCUCCGGGAAAAAGAAAAAAGGGAUUCUGGUGUACCAUAGAGAGAGAGGGCGAGAGAGAGGGGGAGAGAGAGAAAAAAGAAGGAAAAAAAGCUGAAAAAAAUGAUUGCACAGUUAUUAUCGAGUCAAAAAAAAUACUUUUUUUUGUAAAUUGUCAACGGCACAAAUAUUUUGUAUUGUUGUUUGUACCAUUUUGUAAGAAAAAGAAGAAGAAAAAGAAGAAGAAAAAAGAAGGGAAAGAGUCUGUUGUUUCAAAGCGUGUGUUUCCAAAUACCGUACAGUCAAUGCGCAGCCUUGCAGAUCGACCUUGUAAUAUAGACGCUGAGCCUGGACUCCCUGUCAGCACACAUGUGUUAUUAAUAAAUAAAUAAAAAAUGUC